CAUCAUCACAACCUCUCUCUGCUCUGUUCCUCUGCCUGCUUCAUCUUCAUUCCCGCUUUAUAACUUGCCCAUCACUUUGUCCUAAUCGAAAUUCGAAAGUAACUAGCCAAAUGGGUGGAAAGACGGCAGGGAGCAGUAGCACAAGGCUCCCCAGUUUCUGCCUCAACCGGAUUCGGCCGCAUGUAAGGGUCCGUUCGCCGCAGUUACAUCCCAACCAGAAACAGAGCAUUCCGGUGACCGCUAGGAAAUUUUCUCCGGGAGCUAACGACCAUAACAGCGAUCAAGAUGAGAAGAUCUCCGGCGGGGUGGCGGCGGCGGAGACGACAAAGGGGGCUUCUGCGGGGCGGAGGAAGAUAAUGAUCGUGGUUGAUUCGAGCGGGGAAUCUAAGGUUGCCCUGCAGUGGGCGCUCUCUCAUACCAUUCAGAGCCAGGAUUACGUGAUUCUUCUCCAUGUUUCCAAGCCAUCUAAUAACCAAGGUUUCACAAAGGGGAAAGCUACAAGAGGCUAUGAACUGGUGAACAAUCUCAAGAAAAUGUGUCAGGCUAAGAGACCAGAGGUGGAGAUCGAGGCAGCUAUUGUAGAGGGGAAGGAGAAAGGUCCUGCGAUCGUGGAAGAGGCAAAGAAGCAAGGUGCAGCUCUUCUUGUUCUGGGGCAGAGGAAGAGGUCGAUGACGUGGCGGCUGAUCAUGAUGUGGGCAAGUAACAAAGUCAACACGGCCGCCGUCGGCAGCGGUGGCGGAGGGGUGGUGGAGUAUUGCAUCCAGAAUGCAGAGUGCAUGGCGAUUGCGGUCCGGCGGAAGAGCAACAAACAUGGGGGUUACUUGAUCACCACUAAGCGCCACAAAGACUUCUGGCUCUUAGCCUAAAUUAUCGUAUCAUACCAAUAAUAAUAAUUUUAUUCACGUUUUUCUCUUUAAAAUGGACAAAGGAAAUAUGGCAAUGUGUGUCUUUGUUCUUUUCUUUCCAUAAUCAUUUUGCAGUUUGUGUUAACAAAUAGUUAUUCUUGUUUUAUGGGUCAUGAUUAUGUCUUCUU